AUGAAUCAAUUUGAAAACCUCGGUAUUGCUUUUGCGAAUAUUGUAUGUAAAUUUCUGGAGGGUAUUGAUUGCGGGGACUAUGAUGCCUCACUGCGGCGUAUGUUUGAAUGCUGUUCUCGAGAGAAAAAAACACUCGUUUCGUUUCUUAUGAGAAAAAAGGCUCAACGUUACGAAUGUAUUUCGGAAUGUUCUUGUGGUAAAUGGAUCAAUGAAACUUUAACGGAGAUGAUGCGAGAGAGUAGUGAACAAACUGUGCAGUGUGAUCAGCACGGUGAAAGAACAGAUUCAACAAGGACGGAUGAUUUGACGGAAACAUCAAGUGUGACUUUACUAGAGAGGAGUAUUGAAACGAAUGCUAUUGUAACGCAGUUAACAGUCGUGAGAAAUACGUUUAUUAAGUGUUUAUUAGGAACAAGAGAGUCUCCUACAUCUAGAGCUACUUCUUCCUUAUCUAAUCAUGAUGUACUGCAAGAAAUUACUGUGGAGUACUCGGGAGGAUUAACAGACUCUGGAGUAAAGUCUAUUGAAACGCUUAUUGCUUCUUUAAGUAAUCGAUUAAUGCGUUCACAUCAAUUUAAUAGUGGAAAUCGAGCAUCAACUAUUGAGCGAGGCGUAAUUUGUGAUGGUGUUGAGUUGUAUGAUCACAAUUAUGCUCAACUGCUGAGUAUAACGGUAGAGGUUGUAUGGGCUUUCAGUCUUUGUCUAAUUUUAGCAGAACAGGACUCUGUCUUUAUUCGUUCUGGUGGCCUCGUCCACUGUGCUAGAUUUGUCCUGCGUAAUCGUAAUCGCUCUCGUGUGCGUGGCGUACAAACUUCAUUCCCUCGUCUUUGUGAUCUUCCACCGGUGUUCUUUCUUUCACUUAAUCUUGCGAUAAGUUUAGAGACGCACUUUCAUUCUGUACUCUUACAUGCAGGGAGUCGUAUGUUAUUACCAUCUGGUAUCUAUCAUCUUGUGUUGAGUCACUCCUGCUAUGGGCUUCUUUGCCAAUUAGAUGAACAGGCGGUGGAUCGUGUGAGGAAAGGUGUUGUGCAGACAUGUGCAUCUGUGAUGAAAACCGCACGGCUGACCUGUCAAACGUGGGAAAAUGUAGAUUGGGGAGUUAUUAUUUCAAAAACUGGGCUUUCUUCUUCUUAUAUAGAUUAUGAAUCUUUAGCACAAGAUAUGGAAUCUAUUUGGAGACGUCGACAGAAAUGGUGGGAGGACUCUACAAAAGAUACAAGUCGUGCGGCUGAAGUGACAUGGACAAAAGCGCUUCCCAUCAUUUUAAAUGGAACACUUCCAUGUUUUCUCUCUACGCAUAUGCGACAAACAGAAGAGUUUGUAUCGAAUUUAUACGUCUCAUUAAAAGGGAACAAUAAUAAUAGGAUUGAUAAAACAAUGGGGGAUAAUUUUAAUACAUUGUUUUGUGGUACAAUGCAGUUAUCUCAUAUUUUCAAUAAUCAAUCCGUUAUGCAAGGUUUUUUAAAAGAAUUUUUGGAUAUUGUUAAAAGAUUAUUAACCUAUUCAAAAAAAGAUAAACGAGCGAGAGAGGUGGUUUCUAUUGUACUCGCUGGAUGUUUCUUCUUUAUUCCUGGUACCUAUGAUGGUCGUCGCCGGGAUGCACAUCAAAUGGAAAUGACCCCUUUUCAACCGUUAGUGGAAAUUAUUUUAAGUGAAGUAAAUAAUUGGUGUAAGCCAAAACAUGCGAUGUGGUAUUCUAUUUCAAUGGCCUCACUACUUGGAGGAUGUUCAAUGAAAACAUUAGCUGAAAGAUUACCCAUUUUCUUUGAAACCAUGGGAUUAUGGUUAGGAUCUGCUGAUAAUACAGAUAGAAUCGCUAUUCUCUAUUCCACUCUUCACGUCGGAGGUUUACUAUGUGAUGUUUGUACAAAUCCCACUACAACAGCAUUAUUUGAAUGGGGAAGAUCCAUUGAAGCUUUUUGUAAUUCUGUAGAGAAAAUGUUAUUAAAGAGUAUUGGGGAUGAGAGUUGGGAGGAAACUCAACAAAGUCCAUCUACAGUAGCUGCAGCCUCUGAUUUGUUAAUAUUUUCUCUUCAACAAGAACCAUUUCACUCUAGAGCUUGUCAAUGGUUAAUGAAACUUUUAGAAAUUAAAGCAAAAGUAAAAUUUGCAUUAAAAGGUUAUAGAGGCACUCCUAUUUCUCGUGGUCAAUUAAUUGCUAUGCGGACUAUUUCAGCUUUAUGUGGUUUACAAUAUUUUCCACGGCAUCAUUUUUUGGAUUCUAAACGAACUGGUACAAAAGAUUCUAAUUUAGUCUGUAGUAUGGUAAUGGAAUAUGAAAAUCGAAUGAAUAUAUUUUAUGGGAGUUCUAGUGAACAUAAAGGAUAUAUUAAAGAUCGAGUUGCUAGUUUAAUUACUAUUUAUGGAUCUUAUUAUAAUCCUGCUGUUACGACGAUUGAAGGAACCACAAUCUUUUGGCGUAGUGAUCAUUUAGAAAAUGUCUUGGGGUUUGUAAAACAAGCAAAAGAGAUUACUCCUAUUAUUUAUGAAUUACGUGAAAUGGCCUUUGCAUACAUAAGGCAUAUAAAUACAGAGGGACAAAGUGUAGAAACAAUGGAAUCUGCACUUCCACUUAUUAAUAUUUUUCUUGUUUCUCGGUUUUGGGUUUCACCUGAAGUGGUACUGGAUAAACAGCUUACAUUACCAAUGAUACUUGUAGGAGCUAAAACACCUUUAUAUGAGGUGGUUUCUCAAGUAGUCAUGCCAUUCUAUUUACAUAAUAAGAAUGAUAGUAAUAUGUCAAGUUCUGCAUUAGCUCUUCACCGGUUAGCAGAAUGUAUUAUAACACUUUUGGCAAAUGAUGAUGAUGAACAUGUAGAGCAAUUAGCAGAAUAUAUGAUUACACAUUUGGCUAUAUUAAGGAAUAGAAUGGAAUUUACGGUAAACCAUGAAUUAUAUGCUGAUAAGACGGAUGGAAGUAAUGUUCCUUUAACAAUGGAAUCCCAUCAAAUGGAUAUUCCCUGUAAUGAAAAGAAUGAAAAUAAAAUUUUAUUAUGUAGAAGCAGAUGGAAUUGGUUAUUAAAUAUUAUGGAUUCAAAUCUUCAUUUACCAGAUGAUUCUUCCGUUUCCUCAUCUGGUGCUCAAGAUUGGUGUUCUAUUCCUGGUUUACGCAGUGCUGCCCUUAUUGACAUUUUAGAAGGACUUUCUGUGGUUUUACUCGGUCAUUGCAGACGACAGGUACGUCGAUUAGCUUUAGUACAACUGGAGUUAUUGGCAUCUCUUUUACAUUUACAGAAAAUUCAUUGUGAAAGUGCAGCUCGGGCUACAUUGAAUGCUCGUAAUACUAAUAUCUCUAAUGGGGUGCAUAUGAAUACUACUUCCUUUAGUGUAACUAGUAAUUAUUCUCUCUAUAAUACAGAAGUGAGUUCUUCACGUUUAGCAUUGGCAGAUAUUUUCACGGAACUGAGUGAACAGUUUACAGAUAUGUAUGCAUCUCAGAAAGAACAUUAUGUACCACUUAUUCGCCUAUUUGAUUUAAGAUCAUCCGUUUCUCGACAUUCUAUGGAUGAUAAAUGGGGAAGUGAUGUCAGGCGUAUGUUUUCACGAGAGUCUUUUACCACAACUUCUAUCAAUAUACAGGAAAAACUUCGAUUGUAUGGAAAAAGUACAAAACGAAAUACAUCUCUUCUUACCGCACCUUUUGGUAUUAGAUGUUUAUCUGAAGAUAAUAGUGCUUCUCUUUUUAUUUUUACCUCCACCACGGCAUUAUCACUAAUGAUGUAUGGAUAUUGUCCAGGCUCUGCAGUUGUACCGGUGUCCUGUGCGAUUACAGGGGAAGUGGUAGAAAAAGGGAUGAAACAAUAUAUGGAGAGAAAUUCCCCUGUUUGGCGAUCGUGUUAUACUUUCUAUUUUCUCUUAUUAUGUGUGGAUAACUUUAAGGUAUCCCCAGAUGCUAAUCGUUUAACACGUGGGGUGGAAUGUAAUCGUCCUGGUCAUCAACAAGGGGCAAAAUCUAUUUAUCGUGGUGGUCCAGAUGCGACAAGUGAAGUUGGAUGGCAAAUUAUGAAUCGUCAUGAAAAAUAUCAUAAACUUAUGAAAGAUAUUACAUUACCUUUAAUUUUACAUGAAAUAAAUAAUGAGAAUAACACACCAUACUUUAUAGAUAUGCUACAAUUCCUUCUCGUUGGUCCAUUAGAAAUGGCUUCUACAGGAGUUUCUUCUCUUGUAACCUUUUCAGGUAUCAUGGAUAGUGAUCACCCUGUAGUAAAAAGUCUUUCUGGAAUUCUUGGACAGAUUAAUAGUAAAACACGUAAAAAUAAACAACAUGUUAUCAAUGCCAGUCUUGUUAUUCUUAUGCCUAUGCUUAUAAUUAUUGGAAGACGAUAUUUUGUCAUGCCACCUGCUACUCCAGGUCGUAUGCAAGAUACAGUUGCUACAAAACGUACAAUAAUGGAAACGAUUAUUAAAGAUUUUAUUAAUUCAAUGUUAUUAGGUGAACAUAUCUGUAAGGAAUAUGGAGAUGAUAUGGAUCGUGAACGAGGACCCACAGUGGAAGAUUUGGGAAAAACAUUAAGUGAAGGAAAUGGUGUAGCCGUAAGCUCUUGGUUGGCUCUUCCUUUUAUUCCUCCAACAGUUUCUCCUGGUGAUAGUAAGAGUCAAAGCAAUCAUGACUUAUAUUUGGAAAUUAGACCUAUCAUUUUACUUCGAGGUCUUUUAUGUGAUUUGAUUGGUCUUGUAUACUCUAAAGAGACGAAGUAUUUGGAACCUCAUUUAAGGAAUAAUCUCUUACCUAGGGUUCUCUAUUCUCUAACGUAUCAGGUACAUUGGUUUCUUCAAGGAUAUAUGAGUUCUCGAGGUAGUUUUUUAAAAUCCAAAUCCCCAAAGAGUUUGUUUAUAGCUAUGGAAAAGAGUAUUAUCGCUUUACAAACGGUUGUAUCAUCAUCAGAACCUUCUCAAGGUGGUAAUCGUUAUCCUUCAGAUUAUAAGAAUAUAAUAAAUACAUUUGCUGAAAAAUUCUUUAAAUGGUUACAACAGGCAUCCCAAACGGAAUAUCAUAACCUUGAAAAAAGUGCAACAAGAAUAUUUGAUCUUGCCGUAACGUUAUUAUUAGCAGAUUCUCCAUCUUUAGAGUAUGCCCAUCGUGUGCUCUGUGAAUUGCCUAUAGGUAGUCCUGUACAUCGAACGUUUUUUGCUUUACUCGUCACAGCACUUCCAGCAAAGUCUGGUAAACAGAAAGAAACGAUUCCUUCUAGAAAACAAAUGGGUAGAGUGGAAUUAUCCUAUACAAAGACGGAGGCAACAAGUAAUGAUGCGUUUACGACUACCCAUACAUCAGCCUCUUUACGAGUUGAUACUCCUUUAACUGAAUUGAUAUGGAAUCCAUGUAUAAUCUUUUAUAGUUUGGUAUACUUGUAUGAAGAUGUGAAUGCUGGAUGUGUCUUUGAUGCCGCUAUACGUUUAAAAGCACAAAGUUUUCUGAUGCUUCUAUGUGGAGAAUCUCCAAGUGACCGUUCACAUGAUCCCUUAGAUGACUGGUUGUGUCUCUUGUUAAAAACAUAUCAUCAUAGUCGUGGAGAAUUGGAACAUGCAUGUGGUCUUGUUCAAGUUCUUUUUACAAUUGCUAGUGGAGAUAUUCUCUCUGCUCAGCGUAAAUCGAAUAAUCCAGUACAAAUACAACGUAUUGCACUUAAGCUUCUUACACUUUUUAUGCGGCGUGUGGAACCCACAAAGGCGAAUCUUCGUACGAUUCUUCAAGUUACACAAUCGUGUCGAAACUCUAUUUCUGAAUAUGCAUUGGCGGAGUUGUGGGGCGGUUGGAUAGCGUAUGAAGGACGUGAAAGAGAACGUUUUGUAUCCCUCUUAGUUACCUUACCAUUGGAAUUAUCAGAGAAACGUCUGGUAACCAAUUACAUAGAUAGUUAUAUUGCUCAUGAGUUAACCAAACAAGGUAAAGCACAUAGUGGGAAAUUGGAUGGUCGUUCACGUGGGGCAUAUUAUAGUUUUUUACUUUUUUCAUUUUAUCAAAUGAAGAGUUUGCGCAGUAAAGUCAUUGAAAGUGUUGCGGAUAAUAAUUUUAAAACAGAUACCGUAGACACAUUAUUGGACUCUAUACGAGAUGAUGAGAUUCGUCGAAGUUCAACAGGUUGUCUUUCACGCAGUAUUAGUCAAGCUGGAUCCCAAGGUAACCGAAAGAUUAGUCAGGGUGGUGCAGCAAAAAGAAAGAGUUUGUGGGUAGUGGAAGAAAAUAUUUGGCAAAGUAAUGUGCGAUUUACUACAGAUUAUACAAAGAGUGAAGCUGCUGCUGCUGCUGCUGUUGGUGGUGGUGGUGGUGGUCCAUUUAUGAGAGAAAGACCAAUGGAUCAUGGGGCCAGUAGUGUUUCAAGUGAAGUUCGAGAUGAUGCUGGAAUGAUUCGAGAAACAGGAUUUGUGAAACCACUUGUGAGUGUCUUAUUCUUUGCAUCCUGGGCUAUAGAGAGACUUCAACCAUUAGGUUGGCGUCUAUGGAAGGAGUUAGAUAGAGAUCUGGGAACUAUUUCAAACUUUAUGCGAAAGGAAUCAUUAUCAGAUGCCAAGGGAGUUACUGGAUAUUGCCCUAGUUACACUUGUGCUUCAGGUGAGGGUGGGGAAGCUGGAGAUUACGGUGGUUAUUAUGGCAAUAAUAAUACGAAUACUAAUAAUAAUACUAAUAAUAAUAAUAAUAAUAAUAAUAAUAAUAAUAAUAAUAAUACUACGACCAAUCAAAAUAAAAAUAACAAUACGCCUGCUAAUAAUAACAAUAACAAUAAUAACUAUUAUUAUAAUAGUAGUAAUAGUAGUAAUAGUAAUAGUAGUACGGCUAGUGAUGAAAGUCUGCGGAAAAACGAAGAUACAGAGGAGGAUGAGCGGAUUGUUUCCCAUGUGGAGCAAACAACAUACGGCACUCAGGGAUCUUCUUCCUCAGAGGAUGAACCGUUAAUGGCAUUUAACCCUGCAAGUGUAGAAGAAGAAGAAAGAGGAAGAGGAAGAGGAAGAGGAGGAGGAGUGGUUAAUACAACGGCAGUCAUGCAUGAACGUGUAGAAUCAGAUACGGGCAGUGAUGGUACAAUGGUGGUGCAUGGAAAUAUUGCCGCCAAAAGCUUUAGAGAAACUAUAGAAGCAGAGAUGAAACAAAAGAACAAAUUAAAGAAAGCCGAAAAACGACAACAACAAUUAGAUAGUAAAGCUGAAAUGACCUUUCGUCUAUUACAACGUGAUUUCCUUUCUCUAUUCCUCCACUUUGCAUGUAUGUUGUUAGUACAUCUUGGCUGUGGUGAAGUACGGCGUAGUGAUGGACGUGAUGAAUUGUUAUUACGAUUUCGUGUUGUGGAGGCCUCAUUUGAGGCACUUGGCGGUCAAUUAAAAGGCGCCACAUCCGAGUCGAGUUAUCGGGCCACAUCUACACUUAAACAUUGGCUUAAACUCACACUUGCUCGUAUACAGCAACGUAAUGCCAUGGCUCAACGUGAUGAUGAUAGUAUCAAUAACAAUAGUAAUAAUAAUAGUAAUAGUAAUAAUAAUAUGAUUGUGGAUAAUGGUGGGAGUAAUAAAGGUUUCUUUGGUAAUUGUGGGGAUGCACUAUUUCAUGAUAUGUCGUUACUAUUUGAACAGGUUGAAUUGGAUGAAAGCCUUGCAGAUUCCGCUUCAUCUAGUACAGAUGUGGUACUCAGUGAACUUUUCUUAAAUAUUGCAGGUCAAGGACGAAAUAUAAGAGGACGUCGAUUUUUACUUCGCUGUCUUCAUGAAUCCACUACCUGGUUACAACAUGGUGGAUCUGCUCCUCUUAGUGAGACGGAAAUGCGGCUUCGACCUCCCAUUCCCUUUUCUUAUAUUUCAUUACUCUCUAUGAAGAUUGCAAGAAGUAUUUCCUCAUCUCUUGCCUUUACAACGGGUGUUUUACUGGUGAGUUGUGAUGGUAGACGACUGUGGAUGGAAAAGACAGCAAUGCAACUCGCAGAGGCAAGUGCACUUCGCCGUAUCCUUGCAGCUCUUGCCUCUCAUAUGAGGAAUGUUAGCAAUGAUGUUUCUGCAUCCGUGGAAUCUUCUUUAUUAUCACAGGAUCAUAUGUGGUGUACUUCUAUCUUAACAUCAUUGGCUUGUUUAUUACGUGAUAUAAUUGUUCAUGAAACGUAUUAUUGUACACGAACGCGUACAAGAGAGGUAGAAAAUGAUAAAACAGAAGAAAUGGUGUUAACAACUGUUUUUGGUGUAAAUAGUGCAUUUCCUAGACGUUAUCUUUUAUUGUGUUUCUGGAUUGGAUUUUCAUUUUUACUAAAAUCAAACAUAUGGCAUGAGGCAUGUAAUUUAUUAGCUAUUUUUCAUCGCUACGGUUGUAGUAGUUAUCUCGUUCAUAUCUCAGUGCCCACCUUACCUUUAUUGAAUCACUUAUGUGUAAAUGUAGCCCCUGAUUUUUUGGCUGUACAACUUGCUUUAUUUCAUCAAGGCAGGACGGCGGGAAAUCGACAUAGGGGAAGUAUUAUUUCAUUAUAUGAUUCUAUGGGUAAGUCUCCUGGUCCUACAAACGAUUCGGUAUUAAAUUAUUUAAAUGAAUAUGCAAAUGAAAAAGAUGAGUGUGCGUUAUUUCUUGCUUUUUCAGAGUUAUUACUACUAUGUGACUGGGAAUCCAUUAAUGUGGAAACCAAUGCCCCAAGGUUUACUGCAUUUAUAAAUAAAUUGAAUAUAAAUGGUGGUUUGGGUAAAGGUAACCGAGGUGUACAGUCGCAGGGAGAUUCUAAAUCUUUAAGCUCAACUGUAUCGAACUCAUUUAUACGUUACUUUUGCCAUCUUACGGAUUUAUGGAAACAGUGUCUUGUUAAAUAUUCAAGUGACUAUGAACGGACAUUACAGACUUUAUCUACUCGUAUGACAUUUCUUUUAAAUGAUUUUUUUCUAAUGGGAGCCAGAGCCUUUGGGGUUUCUUCUAUUGAUGUACUUUUACAUCGCGUCAUUAUAACAAAAAAUAAUUACAAGGGUUCACAUGGGGCUGGAUUAUCCCAUUCGAGAAGUCAUGCAAUAGAUCUUUGCUCACUUCAUAGCUGUACAGGAUCUUUAUGUGAUAAACACCAUUUGUCUGAAGAGAGUGUAGCAUUAUUUCAACGACUAUUUGAUUCUUUAGUGAUGACACCUCUUAUUUUAUUAUUUCAAUCCUCCAAGACUCCAUUGUCGUUAUGGUGUAAAAUUUUAGUUUUUGUGGCUGCACUUUUAUCCUUUCAUAAACAGAAUCACGGAUAUGUAACGGAUCUUUUAUUGAAGUUUCUCCCUUAUUUGGAGCGUGGAUUAAGUGUGGACUCCACUCAUAGUUCAGUAGGAGAUGAAACCCCUCUUUUUGAACGAUUCGUGGUAUUAUUUCUAGCAGAUGAAGUUUUAGAAAAGUUGAAGAGUUUAAAAAGUCCAGUAUAUACAAACGUACCACCUGGUAUCGGCUGUGAUUCAAGGAAACAACCACCUUUUUUGGUUUCUCUGGUAGAUGAUGAGAAUUUAAUUGCGGCACUGAUUGAAUACAUUGCGAAAGACUCCUUCUCUGUUCGUUCAACAAGAGAUACCGCACAGAGUGUCUCUUCCACAUCUCUUUUGGAGAGAUCAGUGAUGCAAGCCUCAUCUUUACAUACAGAAGAGGGAGGCGGUGCGGUGCUGCCUAUCAUAACAGCAUAUAAAGAUAAUUCCCCUACUAGAGAUGAUGAUGGAAAAGAGAAGCAAACAGCGGAGUGUGAACACUCACAGAUUCCUUCAUCUGUUGUGCCAGAAGAGUCUUCUAGCCUUUGUGUAAAGAAGAAAUCUAGUUUUAUUGUUUCUUCCUUAUCUCAUCGGUUUGGGGAAUAUGUUUAUGAAGUUUGCCCUGGAACCUCCACUGGUGGUGUAGAAAUGCUGGAUCAAUUACCUUUGGAAUGCUACAGACCUCCAUUACGAGAAAGAUCUUCUCCAACUCUUGACGUUGAUGUAGUUAAGGCGGCAGAGGAACACAAUAAAGAAAGUGAUGGUAAUGGAUUAGAAAAAGUAAUAGUAGUAGUAGAAGGAGAAGAAGAAGAUAAUGGUACACAGGAACAUAAACCACUUACUACAAGGGCACGACGAUGUCAUUCGGAUCUAAAUCAAGUUUUCAUCCCUCGAGAUGAAAAUGUGUUUCCUUUGAGACGAAAUGAUGGUAGUGUGGCUUCUCUAAGCACUCUUGAUAAUGGUGAAUUUUACGACACGGAUUCAGAGUUACUGGAUUCAUCUUAA